UAGACAGCUAUUAUGACUAUAAAACAAAUCUUACUGUCAGUAGACUUGAUUAUUUCUUCUUGAUCAACAAUGAAAGUUUUAAUUCUUCUACUAGGUUUUAUAAGUGUUAUUUCUUCUGAAGAAAUCUCAUCUAUAAUUGUAAUUAUCGGUGCUGGUGCAUCAGGAGUCGCAGCAGCUUCAAGAUUGCUUCAAAAUGGAUUUAAUAAUGUCACAAUUCUCGAAGCGGAAGAUCGAAUUGGAGGGAGAGUUUAUUCUGUUAAAAUAGCUGAUUAUUUAGUCGAUCUCGGUGCUGAAUGGGUGCACGGAGAGAAAAAUAACGUUGCUUUUGAACUAGCCGGGCCGUUAGGACUUCUCGAAAAGUCAACCGAAAACAAAGAUUUUACCAAGUUCAAUUUUAGAACACGCUUAUUUGGAUCUUCUGGAGAAGAAAUACCAGAAAAUGUCGCCGCUCCGCUAGCUAAGGCUCUUGGAGAAGUAGAUCGUUCUAUUGGUGAUAAUAUUGACAAAUUAAAAAGUGGUUCCUUUGGCGAAUACGCAGAAAUGAAGUUCCAUGAAUACGUCAAAGAUCAUCCAGAAAUAAGUGCUGAUAAAUACGAACCUCUGCUUCAUCUAUUUGAUUUGAUGCAAAUGGUGUUAGAGGCCGGAGAUACUUGGCAUGAAAUUUCGGCAAUAGGCGUAAGAGAUUACGAUGAGUGUGAAGGAGAUCAGGCUAUUAAUUGGAAAGAACGGUCUUAUACCACAAUUCUUGACAUAUUGAUGAAAAAAUAUCCGAAUCCAGAAGAAGAAUUGCCUGUGAAGAAUAUUACAAAGUUAAAUACAAAAGUUACUGAGAUAAAAUAUGAAAAAACUCCUGUAAAAGUAAUCACUGCUAAUAAAGAAGAAUACUUGGCUGACCAUGUAAUAGUUACGCCAUCUUUAGGAGUUCUUCAGAAGAAUAUCGACACACUAUUUAAUCCGCAUUUAACUGGGAAGAAGCUUAAUGCAAUACAAAACCUUUCUUUCGGACAUGUCGCUAAAAUAAUUCUGUACUACGAAAAUCCUUGGUGGUUGGACGAACCGGUUUACUUCAGGGCUGUUUAUUGGACUGCUGCUGACAGGGAAGAAAUGGAAAAAGAUCCCGAGAAGAGAUGGAUGCUGGGAAUAUCAGUGGGAAUAAGAGUGGAAUACAGACCGAAGCUGAUGCUCUUUUGGGUGACCGGGUCUUAUGUUAGUGAGAUGGAACGAACGCCUGAUAAUUUGUUCCAAGAACAAAUGAAAGGAUUUAUAACGCGGUUUUUUGGAAAAGCUUACAACCUCACAGAGCCUACAAUUAUGAAGAGGACUCUUUGGAACACCAACGGAAAUUUUCUGGGAACUUAUAGCUUCCGAGGAGUCAAAGCUGAUACUGCUAAUGCUCAUAUUGAAGAUUAUGCUGAGCCUAUAAUGAAAGAUGAUAAGCCCGUGCUGCAAUUUGCUGGAGAAGCUACGUCGUCACAUCAUUCAACAGUUCAUGGAGCCAUUGAUUCGGGCUGGAGAGAAGCUGAUCGUUUGAUUAAUUAUUAUAAAAAAAAAUCACAGUUACAAAAUCCUCAGAGCGCGACAAUGAAACUCUUAAUCUUAAUUUGUUUGGUUAACUGUGUGUUGUCUUCUGAAGAAAUAUCUCCUAGAAUUUUAAUAAUUGGUUCAGGACCAUCCGGAAUCGCAGCAGCUUCAAAAUUACUUCAAAAUGGAUUUAGAAAUGUGACUAUUCUCGAAGCGGAAAAUCGAAUCGGUGGAAGAGUUUAUUCAAUUAAAAUCGGAGAUUAUUUAGUCGACUUAGGAGCGCAAUGGGUGCACGGAGAAAAUGAUAAUGUUGCAUUUGAACUAGCUUGGCCCUUGGGGCUCCUUGAAAGAUUGAGCGAGAAUAAAGAGUUUCAUUUUAAUUUAAAAAUAUACGGAUCUGAUGGUGAAGAAAUAUCUUUAAAUGCUUCAAGCUCAUUGGUUGAAUUUCUUAUGGAGAAUAUUACUUCGUACGAUUCUAUCAAUGAAAGCCUCAAAGAUUUGAAAAGCGAUUCUUUUGGAGAAUACGCCGAGAAGAAGUUCAUGGAAUUUUUUAAAAAUUACGAAGAAAUACCUGCCAAUAAAUACAAACCUCUGCUUCAUUUUUUGGACAUGGUGGAAAUGACAAAUGAAGCUGCUCCAACUUGGUACGAACUUUCGGCAAAGGGUGCCAGAGAUUAUCCAGAAUGUGAAGGAGACCAGGCUAUUAAUUGGAAAGAACGAACUUACGCUACUAUUUUGGACAUACUUAUGAAAAAAUAUCCAAAUCCGGAAGAAGAAUUACCUGUGAAAAAUAUAACAAAGCUUAAUACAAAAGUUACUGAGAUAAAAUAUGAAGAAACUCCCAUAAAAGUAAUUACUGCUAAUAAAGAAGAAUACUUGGCUGACCAUGUAAUAGUUACAGUGUCUUUAGGAGUUCUUCAGAAGAAUAUCGACACUUUAUUCAAGCCUCAGUUGCCUGAGAAGAAACUCAAUACAAUAAAAACUCUUUCUUUUGGAAAAGCGGCUAAAAUAUUGAUUUACUAUGACGUCCCAUGGUAUUUAAAUAAACCAAUUGGUUUGUGGGCGAUAUAUUGGACUGAAGAAGACCGAAAAGAAAUCGAAAAUGAUCCUCAGAAGAGAUGGAUGCUCGGUUUAUCUGUAGGAUACCAAACAGAGCACAAGCCCAAGUUGUUUAUACUAUGGGUCACUGGGCCUCAUGUCAAUGAAAUGGAAACUCUUCCUGAAGAAAUGUUCCAAGAACAGGUCAAAGAUAUUUUAAAGAGGUUUUUUGGAAAAGCCUGCAACCUUACGGAGCCUUCGAUAAUAAAACGGAGUUCUUGGAGCAGCAAUGAAAAUUUUCUUGGAACGUGGAGUUACCGUUCUGUUCAAGCUGAAGUCAAUGGGAUUGACAAUAAAGAUUAUGCUGAGCCAAUUAUGAAAGAUGAUUCACCAGUUUUACAGUUUGCUGGAGAAGCUACUGCGUAUCAUUAUGCUACAGUCAAUGGAGCAAUUGAAUCUGGGUGGCGAGAAGCUGAUCGUUUGAUAAAAUUUUACAAUAAAUAAUUAAAUAUAAAAAUUUUA